AGAGUGAUUGACAGCUUCCUGAAGGAGCAGAUGAUUGACAGCUUCCUGAAGGAGCAGAUGAUUGACAGCUUCCUGAAGGAGCAGAAUCAGCAGCUGAUGAAGGUCUGAAGUGUGAAGGUUCCUCUGGAGGCUUCACAGGUCGGACGUGUGAUCAGAGCGACUCCAGGUGAAGACUCCACCUUCAUCUUCUUCUUCUUCAGACCUGCACCGUCGCUGCUCCUGCUGCUACUUUGAGAAGUUACAGAUGAAGGAGAAUCUUCUUCACGUGUAAACAUGAAUUCAGCUGGUAGAAGCUCUGCAGCCAAUCACAGCGAGGACUGGGACUUCCCUCGAUCCCACAGACCCGCGUACGAGUCGAGUCUCGACAGCAGUGGACGACACUCACAUGAUGACGAAAAUGUUUAUGAUAUUUAUGAGUCUGUAGCGUCAGUGACGAGCGACGUGUAUCAGCCGACGCUCCACGAAGAAGAAGAGCAAUACUCAGAUGUUGAAAGUCUUUAUUAUAUUUAUGAGACUUUAGCGUCAGUGACGAGCGACGUGUAUCAGCCGACGCUCCACGAAGAAGAAGAGCAACGCUCAGAUGGUGAAAGUGUUAAUGAAAUAUAUGACACACCAGAGUAUCAAGCGACCCUCCACAACAGUGACCAAUACUCAGAUGAUGAAAGAGUUUAUCAGGAAGUGCCCGAGGCGCCCAGUGGUCCGUCGCUGCCGAAGAAUCCAAUCGACCUUGACUCCACAUUCAUGCGGUUGGAGGAAAACAUGAUCCAAUAUGUGAAAACCCAGCUGAAGAGGUUCCAGAGGGCUCUGAGUCCCGACUGCUCCAGAUACACGUACUUAGAGAGCCACUGUGCGGACGAGGGGAUGAUGUACGAGCACCACGACGAGCAGAGGAGGAGGUGCAGAAAAGCCUUUCUGAGGAUUACAGUGCACUUCCUCAGAAGAAUGGAGCUGAACGAACUGGCCAACUCUCUCAAAGACAGAACAAGAGCUGGAGUGUGUCAGCAUAAACUAAAGUCUAAGAUAAAAAUGGAGUUCCAGUGUGUUGAGGGCGUCACUAGAGCAGGAGACCCGACCCUCGUGGACCCGAUCUACACAGAGCUCCACAUCACAGAGGGAGGGACCGGAGAACGCAAUCACCAACAUGAGGUCCGACAGAUUGAAACUGCAUCCUGGAUCCCAGACAGACCUGAAACAACCAUCAGACCAGAAGACAUCUUUAAAGCCACAUCUGGAAGAGAUGGACCAAUCAGGACAGUUCUGACAAAGGGAGUGGCCGGCAUUGGGAAAACCGUCCUCACACGGAAGUUCACUCUGGACUGGGCUGAAGACAGAGCCAGCCCCGACAUACAGUUCACAUUUCCAUUCACCUUCAGAGAGCUGAAUGUGCUGCAGGAGAAGAAGUACAGCUUGGUGGAGCUCGUCCAUCACUUCUUCACUGACACCAAAGAAGCAGGAAUCUGCAGGUUUGAGGAGUUCCAGGUCCUCUUCAUCUUGGACGGUCUGGACGAGUGUCGACUUCCUCUGGACUUCCACAACACAGAGAUCCUGACCGACAUCACCGCGUCCACCUCAGUGGACGUGCUGCUGACCAACCUCAUCCGGGGGAAGCUGCUGCCCUCGGCCCGCCUCUGGAUAACCACACGACCUGCGGCAGCCAAUCAGAUCCCUGCUGAGUGUGUGGACAGGGUGACAGAGGUCAGAGGGUUCACUGGCCCUCAGAAGGAGGAGUACUUCAGGAGGAGGUUCAGCGAUGAAGAACAGGCCAACACGAUCAUCUCUCACAUCCAGACGUCACAGAGCCUCCACAUCAUGUGCCACAUCCCGGUCUUCUGCUGGAUCACUGCUGCAGUUCUGGAGGACGUGUUGAACACCAGAGAGGGGGGGGAGCUGCCCAAGACCCUGACGGAGAUGUACAUCCACUUCCUGGUGAUUCAGUCCAAACUGAGGAAGCUCAGGUACCAUGGAAGAUCUAGGCAAGAUCUACAUUGGAAUUCAGAAAAUAGAAAGAUGAUUGAGUCUCUGGGGAAGCUGGCGUUUGAGCAGCUGCAGAAAGGAAACCUGAUCUUCUACGAGUCCGACCUGACCGGGUGUGAGAUCGAUAUCAGAGCCGCCUCCGUUUACUCAGGAGUGUUCACACAGAUCUUUAAAGAGGAGCGAGGCCUGUACCAGGACAAGGUCUUCUGCUUCGUCCACCUGAGCGUCCAGGAGUUUCUGGCUGCUCUUCACGUCCAUCUGACCUUCAUCAACUCUGGAGUCAAUCUGAUGGCAAAGCAACGAGCAGCACCACGGUUAGCCAGAGUCUUUAAAGACAGAGCUAAACUAAAAGAUCUCUAUCAGAGUGCAGUGGACAAGGCCUUACAGAGUCCAAAUGGACACCUGGACUUGUUCCUCCGUUUCCUCCUGGGUCUUUCAGUGCAGACCAAUCAGAAACAUCUACACGGCCUGUUGACACAGACAGGAAAAGACGGACAGAUAAAACAGAAAACAGUCGAGUACAUCAAGGAGAAGAUCAGUGAGGAUCUGUCUGUGGAGAGAAGCAUCAACCUGUUCCACUGUCUGAAUGAACUGAGUGACCGUUCUCUAGAGGAGGAGAUCCAACAGUCCCUGAAAUCAGGACGUCUCUCCACAGAGAAACUGUCUCCUGCUCAGUGGUCAGCUCUGAACUUCAUCUUACUGUCAUCAGGAAAAGAUCUGGAGGUGUUUGACCUGAAGAAAUACUCUGGUUCAGAGGAGGCUCUUCUCAGGCUGCUGCCGGUGGUCACAGCCUCCAACAAAGCUCUGCUGAGCGGCUGUAACCUCUCAGAGAGAAGCUGUAAAGCUCUGUCCUCAGUCCUCAGCUCAACGUCCUGCAGACUGACGGAACUGGACCUGAGUAACAAUGACCUGCAGGAUUCAGGAGUGAAGCUGCUGGCUGCAGGACUGAGGAGUCCACACUGCAAACUGGAAACUCUCAGUCUGUCAGGUUGUCUGAUCACAGAGGAAAGCUGUGUGUCUGUAGCUUCUGCUCUGAGUGCCAACAACCUCCACCUGAGAGAGCUGGACCUGAGUAACAACAACCUGCAGGGUUCAGGAGUGAAGCUGCUGUCCGCGGCACUGGACGACCAGUACUGGAGACUGGAAAGUCUGAAGGUGGACGAUGGUGGAGAGCAGAUGCUGACUCCAGGUCUGAGGAAAUUUUCCUGUGACCUCACUCUCGACCCGAUCAGCGCUCACAGGAACCUGCGGCUGUCUGACGGCUACAGGAAGGUGGAGCUGGUGAACGAGCAGCAGUCCUACCCUGACGACCCGGAGAGAUUCGACUUCUUCUGUCAGCUGCUGUGCAGGAAUGGUCUGAGCGGGCGCUGCUACUGGGAGGUGGCGUGGAGCGGACAGGUGGACAUCGCGGUGACUCUCAGAGGAAUCAGAAGGAAAGGUUACAGAGAGGCCUGCAGGCUGGGAGGGAACGAGCAGUCCUGGUGUCUGAGCUGCUCGGAGCAUCGUUAUUCUGUUUGGCACGACAACACAGAAACACUCGUCCCUCUGCCCGCGGCCGCCGUCUCUCACAGAGUGGGGGUGUAUGUGGACUGUCUUGCUGGCGUCUUGUCCUUCUACCGCGUCUCCUUGGACGCACCGAUACACCUCCACACCUUCAACAUCAAGUUCAGGAGUCUUUUCUACCCUGGGUUCAGGGUGUGGUUUGGCUCAGUGUCUCUGUGCUCGGAGUAAAGGAACUCACACUGUGGCCUAAAGAACUGAAACCAGUCCGAGCCCUUUACACCACGAGACCCGUCACACACAAACCUCUGUGGGGGGGGGGGGCGGUCACAUCUCAGCCAAGGACACGGACAUGUGGACUGUACCAACCGGGGGUCAAACCACGGAGUUCCCUAUCAGUCCGUCUGAUCCACUCUUCCUCCUCGGCCACAAUCCACACACCAGAAAAAGAAAUUCAUCCACGUAUUUCAACAAUUCAUAAUCUGGAAUUUUCAGUGAGACAAAUCAGACAUUUGAAUCCUUCAGUCAACUAAUGAAAUCUUGUUUGGUAUCAUCCCAUUAUAACACAAUACAAUAUAUAUUUACACACACACACCUAAUUACACUAACGUUAUCUUUCUGUCACCUUGAAUUAACUUAUUUGGUGUAUAAUAUAUUGUUGUGCAUAUAUCUUAAGCAUGACACCAUUAAAUGGUCAAAGAUCAGAGGAAUCUUUAUUUCUUGCAAA